AUGGACGAUGACAGGUGGACAAAAAUAUGCAUAAAAAAUGAGAUGAGAGAGAUAAUGAACAAGAAUCCAACAAAGUGGGGAAAAACAAUAGAAAAAUUUUUACAAAAAAUAGGAAUUGGAGAACUACCGAAAAUGAUUUAUGAGGGUUGCAGCAGUGACGACGUGGAGGAAAAAAUAAAAAGCGGAUUAGAAAAUUAUAAGUGGAUGUUAGAUGAAAAAGAGGAGAUACUAAUAAAAAAAUCCACAUACAACGAGCUAUAUAAAAAUAUAAAAACGGAGGAAAGCAACAACUAUUGGAAAAGAGACAAUAUAAGGAGUGAAGAUAAAGAAACAUGGGCUAGAUUACGAUGCGGUAAUAUUUGGAGGGAAGGAAAAAAAGGGCAAAAUAACUGGGGGUGCAGAAUUUGUGAAAAAGAGCAAGAAACGAUUAUUCACAUUAUAAAGUGCAAGGAAAUUCAUGAAAAAAUAACAGUGGAAGGCAAACAAGCAAAAAAUAAAUGGCUAGAAGAGGUAAAUAACGAUGUGUCCAGUGAAUUAAUGAUAGAAACUUUAAAAGGGGAGAUAAAAAAAGACUUAUGUACAUUUAUAAGAGAUGUAGAAAGAGUAUUUAAAGAAAAGGCACUAAAUAACAAAAAUUGUCAAGGCGCUGCGGACAUAUAA